AUGGGUUACAAAUCCAAUUCCUUUAGGAUAUCUGUUUGGUUAUCCACUUUAUGCCUAUUUAUAUUCGUUCACUACGUCAAUUCUGAUAAUAUUGACGAUCACCAAUGCUAUUCUAAUUGCCAAUUAAGCAUAUUAGAAGAAACUCAAACAUAUAACAACUUCAAGAAUAAAAUUAAAUCUCCAUCGAUCCGCGUUGUGUUUUUCUACCUAUGUAAAGAAAACGACAGUCAACCCAUUCGACCCCGACAUGAAGAACAGGGUACAUUUUAUGCGUGGUUAAGAAAUGAUUAUGGCCGGGCUAUUUUUGCAUUACCCAGUGAUUAUAUUACUACGAGCUUAAGUCUAUACGUGAUCUUUGCAUCUUCUCUACAAGUCCAUGUUAUGGAAUCUCCUGAAGGCUGUUAUAUACAUGCUAAUGAUACUUGUCGAGAAUUGAUUGUGUUUAAAACUUUGGUUCAAUUAAUUCGAUCAAAUAAUAGUAAAAAUAGUUCUAGCGAAAAAAGUGGCUCUUUAUGCAGAAGAAACUUUUUAAAGAAUAAAACAAGUGAUCUUGGUACAGCUGAUUAUUCAUGUUGUGAAUAUAAAGAAUCAGAUUCCGAGAUUAAUAUUAACAAAUGUUUAAAACCUCAAACUAUCGCAUGGUAUGUGCCAAUAAUGAGGAUAUUUACUAUUAUUUUGAGCACAGUUUUGGGUGGAAAUAUAUUGGCUAAAGUUAUUAGUUCCUAUCUGGACACCCUAGAAAAGAAUACGGAAAUUGAUUCAGUUAGCGUUUCUGUUUUGAACCAAGUAAAGUUGCAGACAGUCGGAUAUUUCUAUCUCCGAGAAACUACCGGUUCUAGCAAAAAUCGUUGGCUACAAAUCCAAUGCAGCUUAAUUUAUAUUCUAUUAUUCUUUGCUGGAUUUACUGGAACAUUCAUUUCUAUUGGUUUACAAAUAUUUCCUCCUUUCUUCAUGAUUUUACCCGCUGUGCAGCCUCUAUCUAUGCUCUACGAGAUUAGAUUUUGGCUAUCAAUUUUCGGGGGUAUUCAUUGUUUUUGUACCUUAAUUAUAAUAUUAGCCCAUCUAAAACAAUUCUGGUUAACUAACUCAUCAUCGUAUCAGCGUCUUCUUCCCCUAUCAACAUCAAAUUAUAAAGUCUUAACUCGAAGUAAUUUUGGACAUUUACACCUACAAUUUAUAACUCGUCUCAAAGAUAUUAUAAAUCAUUUAACGUCUUGCCAUUUUAUGAAAUUCAUUAAGGGUCUACUUACGCUCCUAGUUUGUCUACCCUUCUUUAUUUUCGGCCCUAUUGAACUACUACGAAUUGCAUUAUUUAUGUGUGAGGUUCUUACCUUGAAAUUAAAACGAUAUUUUCUAUUUACAAGUUCCGAAUUGAAGCGCUUUAAUAUCAUAGUAUCGCCUAUCUUAUUUCUCAUAGCGUUUUUGUAUUCUACAAUUACUAUAGUAACAUUUUGGCUAACUUUUCAAGUCAUUUGCCGUAUUAUUAUCAAUGUUACGAUAUUUAUUAUCACCCAUUCCGUUUACUUUAGUAUCGUCAUUGUCGUUAUUAUACCUUAUGUACACUAUAUUACAAAAUUGAUCGAUUCGUAUGCAAGCAAAGGAUAUAUGCUUCCUAAACGUAUUAUCAAGUUACAACAGAGUGUAGAAUCUAAAAUCGAUGACAUAUUAACUGCUAAACAAGGAAAGCUGGAAAUCUAUUUCGUCGUCUCGGAAGAUCUUAACAAUCCUAUAAUAACAAUUGAUUUACCUGAAAUGUUACAAGACAGCCAAAUAGAAUAUUAUGUUCGACGAUAUUUACAAUACGUAGUAUUAAAUCACUAUGAAUUAGUAGUUGGAAUGUCUAAAGUCGUCUUUCAAUAUAAUCUAUUACAUGACGAUUUUGUCCAAGUAACACUAUCGCCCGAUUAUAAUAUCUAUUUCUAUCAUGGAUACAAUGAUGGAUUAAAUGAAUUGCUAGCAUGCAUUAGUCAACACUUAAGUGAUAAAAAGGUCGAAUACUAUCGAGUAAAGUUAAGUCAAGUCUAUUACAAAAUAAAUAACAUCGAUGAUUGUGAGUGUAUUGGAAUACCUUCAGAACUAUUCGAUUAUAUACGAUACUAUGCUCCUGAAGUAUCGUUGAAUCUUUGGCAAAUUUUAUAUAAUAUUAUAAUUACUACAUGUUUACUUGUUACGUUUAUAUUUACAGUUUUAUUGGAUUCGAACAAAUGGUCAUUUAUAUCGUUAAAUGCAACUAUUGCUAGUACACCAAUAGUUUAUAUCGCUACGAUAUUAUCUAUGAGAUAUCUUAAAGUAAACGAACCUGAUGAAGAAACGACAACUGAAGUAUUGAUGGCAAGUUUAAUACAAUAUAGAAGAGGCUAUCGUUUAUUUUGCAAGAGAGGUAUCGAAUUUCAGCCGAUUACUCAAAUAGUACGAAUGGCAUUCACUCAUCCUAUUCAUAGAUAA